UGUGUGCUCUCUCUCUCUCACAUGUGAUGUGCGAAGGCCGAGCGCUCUGAUCCUUGCAACUGUGAUAAUUUUUUUUUGUUUUAGGUUCAGAUAUAUUUCCACAAGGUUUUGUUUUCUGACCGAGAAUGGAUUCAGUUCUUUUUCCCAGGGAGGAGAAUGGAUUGGAAUUUCUUUCUUUCUUUAAGUUCUUCCCCCCCGACAGAGAAUGAACCAGUUCCAUGGUGCGAUGAGCCAUGCCAUCGUCUUUUCACCAGCCACACCAUCAACGCUAUCGGACCUGAUCGGAAGCGGAAGCUACAACCAGUGCCAUGGCUUCUUCCAAGGUGGUCGUCAUGGCUGCAACUGAUGCCCUACUACUGAUCAUGUUCUCCUUCCUUAUUUUGCCGUCACCCUCAGACGGCAAGGGCAUGUGCCCGCUGUUCCGCAGCAUCGUCCCGGAGUGCCGCGACGCGCCACUGCUCUGCAUCGCCCGCUGCCAGGACAAGGGCUACGUCGGCGGCUUCUGCACCACCCAGCAGAUCUGCAUGUGCGCCCAGUGCAAGUCGUCGCUGCUUCUGCUGCAGCAGCAGCACCAUCGGUUCCAGCUAGCGGCGGCAGCAGCACCGGAGCCCAGCGCCACCGCCGCCGCCGCCGCGUCGACGUAGAGGCCGGAUGGAUGACUUUAUUACAGUGUUAUAUAUAGUAUAUGGCAUAAUAACCUCAAGAUCGAUGUAUGUUUUGACAUGGACAUGCUGAACAAUAAUCGUCGUGUGUUUUGACA